AUGCAUUCAUUUCGUGAUGUAAUCUUAGAUGAUAUUUUGAGAGAAAAAUUCCGUAAAUUUCUCCAUACUGUAUUUAAUGCAGAGCCAACUUAUGUAAUUUUUAAUUAUAUCAAUCGUGCUGUUCGAAAUUCUGCCAAUCAGAAUGAUCACGAUAUUUAUCGAGAUUUACAACAUGCUCUUAAAACAAGACAAUUUGCUUUUAUUCGAGGUCUAUGGACACUUAUUAAACAAAUCAUACAAUUACGAAUACAAAUAAAAGAUCUCAUACGACAACAAAUUACUAUCUUCAAACAUUUAGGAUACUGCAGAAUGAUCAAAAAUAUAGUUAGCAUAGGUGAUGGUGAUCGAUGUAUUGGUGAUUUACGUCAAAAUAUACAAAAUUAA